CUCAGCAUCUGCAGCAGGGCUUACCCACGUUGACAGAUGGAGACGGAGUUUAAGAAAAUCCUCCUGCAGAAAGGGCUGGAGAAGCUCAGUGAUUACCAAUUUCGAACAGUCAAGUCCUUACUGGCCAGUGAAUUAGAACUCUCAGAGAAAAUGACGGAAGACUAUGACAGAAUCAAGCUUGCUAAUCGGAUGUUCAUCUGCUUCCCUGGAGUCACAUGCAUAGUGAAGCUCAUUGAUAUCCUCAAAGACGACCCCAACGACCCCAAUAUCCAGAACAUUGUCAGCUCACUACGAAAGGCAAAGCAAAAUGGUAACAGAGACCCCCAUGCCCCGCUGGGAUCCUUGGGUCUUCUCCAUGGUCCUGCCUCUCGCUCUGCGACAAAGAAACUCAAAGCUGGAGCAGAACCACUGCAAAAAAAGAGGAAGCAGGACGAAGUCAGCACCUCCACACAGGCCUGCAGCUCAGACGUAUCUGGGGCUCCUCAAGACACAGCAGACACCCCCAUGGUCCAGUUGGCCACCAGCGUCUCACAAACCACCCCGAUCAAGCAGCCUGACACAACAAGGAUCUCACCUGCCACCCCAAGCUCAGUGAACAUGGCAUCCCAGACCAAGGAGACACCAGCUAUACCCGAGAGAGCUGAAGACAGAGGAACCCUCGCCAAGGACUCAGUGACUGUGAAGGUGCUGAAACGUUCACAGCCCUUCAGUUAUGAGUCCACAGAACAGGGUACAGAGUCAAUGUUCCACGCCUUGGUGGCAACCACCAAUCAUUUCUUCUGGGUGAAGGUGCUGGACAUGGCACUAAGGAAGUGCUUCACAGAAAAGUUUGUGCUCCUCAUUUCUGGCCACUCUGAGAACAGAGGAAUCUUGGAGGUCAGUAGGUCUUCGUCAGUGUUUCUGGCCCAUGACCAGAUCCAGGUCCCAAACAGUGUCCUGAGAAAAGCAAGAGAGAUACCCAAGAUCGCCUUUAUCAAGAACACACCAGGGAUAUUUGUGUACGGGUGCUACGAGCUGAUCAAGAAAACAGAAAACAAGAAGAACACAGUCUAUGAGAUUAGGGAUGAAACUGGAAACAUCAACGUGAAGGGGAGUGGACAGUGCCACGGACUGUCUUGUGAGGCCGGGGACAAGCUGCAUCUCUUCUGCUUUCGACUGAGAACUGUCGAUCACAAGCCAAUUCUGCUGAGUGAGAAGCACAGUCUCAUCCAGGUGGAGGCUCUGAAGGUGGGGGAAAGCAUGUGGGCAGCCACAGGGGAAGUAUGGCUGCACUCCACCAGCUGCAAUCUGGGUCAGGCUGAGAGGAAGAGGAAAAAGAGGAAGGGCAGGGAGAAGGGGCAGUGGGGACAAGAGAACAUGCCUGGGACAUGGACAGUGGGAGUCCAUGAGGGCCUCAACUAUGAGUCCAGCAAACCAUCCACUGGAAAUCAGCCAGGUGCAGGGGAGCAUGUGGGCAGGGGCUGUGAGCCCUCCAUGGGGAUUGAACCUCACCCCCUGGACCACAUUCCCUUACUUCCCUUCAUUUCAAACAAGGGGCUCAAGACAGAUGCCAAGAAGGAGGCAGCAUCAAUGGACACUGGGAAAGGGCUGGAGAUGCUCAGCAAUUACCAGUUUAGAGAAGUCAAGUCCUUACUGGUAGGCAUUUUAAAUUUGACAUCGAAGAUGCUGGAGGAUGACGACAGAAUCAAGAUUGCAGACCGCAUGUUUGCCCGUUUCCCAGGGGCCAAGUGUGUGGCCAUACUCAUUGACGUGAUCAAAGAUAACAGAGAACUCGAGAACCUCACCAAGUCCCUAAAGCAGCAGAUGGAGGAAGUGACAAGGAGACUACAAUCAGCAAAAAACUCAAAGAAAAAGAGGCAACUGGACAGAGUGGGUCCCCUUACACCUGAACAUUAUUCAAGCAGCUCAGGGACACCCCAAGGAGCAGCAGAGGAACCCGUGGCCCAGAAAAGAAAGAAGUUCACCCAAGUAAAAAGCGAACCCCAAGGGAGCCCAGCGUCCCAGAACCUGUUGCUGCUUCCUGUUGACAAUGAACAGCUGAACAUGUCCCAGCACCUCCCUUCACCAGUCUCCACCUCAACUCUGUCUUCUGAAUCCUCAGUUCAGAACCCAAGACCUCAGGCAUUCCCCAAGGCAACCACCUCCAGCCUCACCCUCUGGGAGACCCCAGUAGUAGUGAAGGUUCUACAAGUGUCUAAGCCAUUUCCAAGCAAGACUCCGGGCAGCGAAGAGAGGAUUCUGUUCCACGCCACAGUGGCCACGACCAGCGAGUACUUCCCCAUGAAAGUCUUCAUCCCCGAGCUGAGGGCCAGGUUCCUCAGCAACAGGGUCCUGUGCAUUUCCCGCUACAUCAAGAACAAGGGCUUCCUGGAGAUUAGAGAACCAUCUUCCAUCACUGAGGAGGGCCCUGAGAAGAGAAUCAAGGUCCCAAGCAUAGUGCUGGACAGAGCCAAGAAAAUGCCCAAGAUUUGUAUCCUCCACACCCUGUCUUCUGGGACAGUGAUAAGCGGCUUCUUCACACUCUGCAAGAAAUCCGCGAAGAGGACGAACACGAUCUACAAUAUCUGGGACAACACAGGAAAUAUGGACGUGGUGGGCCAAGGGCAAUGGCAUAACCUGCCCUGUAGGGAGGGAGACAAACUGUGGCUCUUCGGUUUUCGAAUAAGAAAAAGCAACCAGAAGAAUGUGCUGAUCUCAGAAGAGGACAGUUGGAUCCAGGUAACAAAAAUGAGUCCUUCCCGGAAUGUGACUCUUCCAGAAGCUUCUGCAGACAGGAUGACCCCAACAAUAAAUCACACUCCUCAGAGCUCCUCAUCCAGCAGUAGCCAGACCAAGAGUCUGUGUCCAGUCCUACAAGCACCCAAAGCACAUCUGGAGACAACCCUGCUCCACUGCUCUGAUCUGCUCACUGAAAUUGCCACCUGCACUUCCAGCACCCAGCAAACACCCAGUGCUAUCCGCUGGGCAGCUCAGAGCUCAUCCUCCAUCUUGCUACCAGCUAUCAGAUCGUGCUCCCAUCUCACCAGCCCAGAGCUCAAAGUCCACCCAGAUCUCAACUCCCUCUUCUCAGUCAUUAACAUGGAGCUCAUCUUCCACCCAGCGAUUACAUCCUGGUUCUCAGUCCUUUGUCCAGAGCUCAUCCUCCAACCAGAUCUCAACUCCUUCUUCCGAGUCAUUAGCAUGGAGUUCAUCUUCCACCCGGCGACCACAUCCUGGUUCUCAGUCCUUUGUCCAGAGCUCAUCCUCCAACCAGAUCUCAACUCCCUCUUCUCAGUCAUUAACAUGGAGCUCAUCUUCCACCCAGCGAUUACAUCCUGGUUCUCAGUCCUUUGUCCAGAGCUCAUCCUCCAACCAGCUCAUGUCCACACAUCCACCAUCUCUGCCUCCAUGUUCCUGUGUGUUUCUAGGUUGGUGGCCACUUUCCAAGAGGAGGGCUUGCAGACUCAGAGGAAGGUGGUGAUGGUGCUGAGUGCCAUGGAGCCCUUCACAUACCGUCGCUUCCAAGAGGACAGCUACAUGUUUCAUGCCACUGUAGCCACGCAGAGUCUCAGUCCCCAGAUCAUCCAUGUGAAGGUCUUCCAUGAGCCCUUCAAAGCCAAGUUCAUCCGUGGGAACAUCGUGGUCCUCUCAAACUAUAUCGGCCACAGAGGGUUCCUGGAGGUGUACGAAAAAACCUCGGUGGAGGAUACAGGUGUCACCAUGAAGGUGCCUUACAACCUGAUCAGGAAAGCAAGGGCAACCCCCAAAAUACGCCAGCUGCUCCAGAAAACUCCAGGGACCUUGGUGAAUGGUGUGUUCACAGUGAGACAGAAAAUUGUGCGUGAUCCAUGCGUCUAUUAUCAGAUCCAGGACAACACAGGGGUGAUGGAGGUAUUGGUGUUUGGCCACCUGAGCAAGAUCCCCUGUGAAAGUGGGGAUAGAGUCGAGCUCACCUGCUUUGAGUUGGGAGAAAAUCAGCUGAGAUCUGUGAUACACAGUUUUCUCAAGGUGCGAAGGUGGGAAAUGUUAUUCUCCCAAAACUGAACUUUGAAACCUAAGAUGAGGCCAGGGAGAAUAUCCCAGGCUGGAUCACAAGGUUUGCACCAGGGUUCUGAGUGGAUCCUUGGCACAGCAUGGUCCUUAAGCACCACUAUAU